AUGGAUGGGAUUGGUUCACAAUGGUAUUCUAGAUUCAUCAAUUACUGCUUCUUCAUGCUUGAAUGCUUACUCAUGCGUGACGAGGUCCCGACUAAAUACCAUAGCAACCCAGAUAUUGAUUUCACUGGUAAAUAUCAGGUGAUUGGUGUCAUUACACAAGGAGAAGACGGAGGACAGGCCUUUGUGACGUCAUACCUUGUAUCUCACAGCAGCGAUGGGUUAACUUGGAUACCCGUGUUUAGUCUUCAGCAAGGACGGACAUUCAGUGGUAAUUUUGACACCGCAACUCCUGUAGCGAAUGAGUUUUCUCCUCCCUUCGUUGCUCGCUUCGUGAGGCUCGAACCUCAAACCUGGCAGAACUACAUUGCCCUCAGAUUGGAAUUUUACAUCAAGGGACCUGUCGCAGAUGCUAUCGAUACAGCCCGCCCUCUUGGUAUGAUGGACGGCCAGAUUCCCGAUGUCUUUAUAUCUGCAUCCUCCUGCUACUCCAAAUAUUUCUGCACACGGCACGCCCGUCUCAACUUUCCCUCUGCGAGUUGGUUGGCAAAUAGGAACGAUUAUGAACAGUGGAUCAAAGCUGACCUGCGCGCUGUGUACAUUGUUCAAGGGGUCAUCACGCAGGGUCAACCAAACUUCGACCAAUGGGUGUCGAGUUUCACUGUAUCACACAGCCUCGAUGGUAAAACAUGGAACAAGGUUAAAGAUCAUUGCACAAGUAAAACCAGGACGUUUGUUGGCAAUCACGAUAGCAGAACGCCGAUCGUCAACUUUUUCGAUCGCGAUUUAAAAGCUCGGUUAAUUCGCCUGGAUCCGACGACAUGGUAUGGUCAUAUUGCUAUGAGGUUUGAAGUGAUGGGUAAAGGACCAAUCGCAGAGCAUAUGUUUGAAUCUAUGGAACUAGGGGUAGAACAUCGUCACGCUCAUCUUUACAGUAUGACGGCGUCUAGUUGCCAUGACCACCGACAUUGCGCAGACCAUGCGACGUUACACCAGGAGAACUGGGGUGACGAACUCAAGGGUGCUUGGAUGCCGAAAAGUGACGACAGAGAACAAUGGGUCCAGGUUGAUCUCUCUCAUCCAUACCUCAUCAGUGGUAUCGUUACGAAAGGAAUGCAAGGAACUCAUAGAUGGGUUUCAUCUUUCAUCAUCUCACAUAGCAACAAUGGGCGUGAUUACACACCUCUGAGAGAUAAAUGCUGCUCUGAUCCAGAGGAGUUCAUAGCGAAUAACGAUGACAGUACACAGGUCACAAACACAUUUCACCCUCCUUUCACUGCUCGUUACGUAAGGAUCUACCCGGUAUCAUGGGUCGAGAGAAUCGCUUUGAAAUUUGAACUCCUCGGUGUGAAAAUGACGAACGGUAAUGUAACCAUCUUUUCUCUUAUCAGGGAUAUUUACGUUAUAUAG